AUGGCAGGCGAGUCUAAGAGCAGCGGCGCGAGCGUUGUAGACGAACUGGAGACGACCGACGAUGAUGGGAAACCACAAUUUGCUAUUGGAUCGGAAACUGCAAGAACAGGUUCAGCGGGAGGUUCUCGCGCACCACGAACUAAAAUCGAAGUGGCCUGCGAUUUCUGUAGAAGGCGGAAAAUGAAGUGCGAUGGUUUGCGUCCGACUUGUAGAAAUUGUCAAAGGAAGAACGUAGCAUGUUCUUAUAUUCCAGUUGUUCGCCGGCGU